AAUCGUUUGAGCCAGUACAAGAACUAUGAGAGUCUGUCGAGUUCUCGAGCGGAACUGGAAAAGGAAUGCUUGCAAGUGGAGAAGGGGAAUAGUUUUUAUGAUUUCCAGUUCAAUACGAGGCUUGUUAAGUCAACAAUUGUUCAUUUUCAGGUAUAGACUUUAAUGAGCUUUUUGAUUAAAGAUGAGGGUUUGUGUUUCAUUUAUACAAAUUUUAUAAUCCCGUCCGUCCCUCAAGAACUAAUUAGUCAUGGUAGAAAGCAAGAACUCCUAAAUUAGAAGGGCUGAAAUCUGCCAAACAGAAUUAUUUUAUUAGACCAUCCUACGCAUUUGCUUUCCCCCAAACUUUUAGAAAUCUUCAUUUCAUUGAAUGCACAGUCCAUUAACUUAAUACUAGAUUCAUUGUAGGUUUUUGUGCACUAGAUACACGUUUCAUCAUCAUAUAUGAUAAAUGAUUGGUUCUAGUUGGCUGGUUAUCGUAGACCUCAUUUCUUACAAGCUAUGCAAUUCUCCGAAGUCGUAUUUGCUGGAAUGGCAAUGUUUUUACUAAAACUCUGCGCUUGGUCAGGACACGUUCUCGGUUUAUAGUCUCUUGAUCAUAAUAUUACAGCCAUCAUUAGCAUUGUAGUUUUGCAGGUUUUAUAUAUUUUUAUCCUUUAUGGAUAUGUUUAUAAAUGAUUCUAGCUCUAUGUCCUGAUCAUACGUUUUGAGGUAUGAAGUCCAAAAUUCUUUUUAUGUUGACUCCAUUUUACAACUUGUUCAUUUGCGAUGAAUUAAAUUGUCCAAUGCUAACCAACUUUGAGAAGUCUUUCAGCUAAAAAUAUGGUCCAGUGAGGCCACGAUUCAGUGCUUGUUCAGGCAUGCAAUUGCUGAUCUAAUUUCUGUAAUCUGGAUGCUUUGUUUACCUGUUAAGCUUUAAUUAUGGAUGACGGUGCCCACUUCUCUUACAAUUAUAUCAUUUCAAUUUAACCUCUGAAAUUUUGAAAUGCCGCUCUUGAUAUACUUCGGCAGAAUAGAAUACUUUCUGUUAUUUAUAGAGAUAUGAUUGGUGCCUGCUUUCUUUUAUGGUUUUGCUACCAUAUCUUGGACAGUAUAUAGUUUGCUUUUAAAAGCUUACACCGAGGAUGCAAUUAUCAAUAUUUAUCAGACAUCAUUUACCUAGUACCUUUGAUCGUUGGAAUUACAUCCAACUAAUGUUAGUUUCUUCCUGAGGAUGUUAGUUUUUUUACCAGAAAGUGCAAUAAUUUUAUUUUUACUUUUAAUUUUCCUGGACACACCUUCUUGGUCUGGAGUUUCCUCUUACAUAUUUCUGGGACAAAUGACAACUGGGGAAUCCCACGUUUAUUUUAUUUUCUUUUUGAUAUUUGUUGCAACUACCUUUUCUCAUCAGGGUGUUAAAUACUACUUUAUCACUUUAACCUAUCUGUGGCAUUUAGGAAUGCUAUUUCUGUUUAUUUCAGCCUUUAAAGCAGACUGGAAGUUUUAUCUGAGCAGCUGCCAGGACGUUUUUAUAUGCUGAGGAAUCUCUUGUGGGCAACUUCUAAGCAUGAUGUAUACCUUAUGCAAAACUACUCAGUAAUGCACUGGUCUUCAUUGCUUCGGAGAGGCAAAGAAGUACUCAAUGUGGCUAAACAAAUUGUUCCCACUUUGAAACGCCCUGGACUCUCAUCCCAGUCAUUGUCCAGAGUGCAGAUAAGUACAAUGACAGUUAAGGAGAACUUAAUCGUGGCUGGUGGUUUUCAAGGAGAACUAAUUUGCAAGUACUUGGAUCAUCCUGGAGUUGCGUUUUGCACCAAAAUGACAACGGAAGAAAAUGCAAUCACAAACGCUGUCGAUAUAUUUCAUAAUCAAGAUGGUGCAUUGAGGGUCGUUGCAGCAAAUAAUGAUGCAAAAGUUAGGAUUUACGAUGCCAAGACUUUCACCUGCCUCAAUGGCUUCACCUUCGGCUGGUCUGUGAAUAACACCGCUGUGAGUCCAGAUGGAAAGAUGCUUGCAGUGCUUGGAGACAGCACAGAUUGUCUGCUUGCAGAUGCCAACUCCGGCAAAGUGAUAGAGAGCUUGAAAGGGCACUUGGAUUACUCAUUUGCUUCCGCUUGGCACCCUGAUGGACGCAUUUUGGCAACUGGGAACCAAGACACGACUUGCAGGCUGUGGGACAUAAGGAAUACGUCCAAGUCCUUAGCAGUACUCAAGGGAAGAAUGGGAGCAAUCAGGUGUGUGAAAUUCAGCUCCGACGGUAAAUUCUUAUCAACAGCGGAGCCUGCAGAUUUCGUCCAUAUUUACGAAAGUCGCACAGGUUACAAACAAGCACAAGAAAUUGAUCUGUUUGGUGAAAUUGCCGGAAUAUCCUUCAGUCCGGACACGGAAGCUCUAUUCAUUGGUGUCGCUGAUCGAACCUAUGGUAGCGUAUUAGAGUUCAACAAACGUCAUCAUAAUAAGUACAUAGAUUCCAUCUUCUAGACAAGUGAGAAGAAUGGUUAAACAAUGGUCCAAAGUGAAGCAAAAAGAAGAAGCAGAUGCUGCUGACCGAUUGAUUGAUGGAAUUUGUAUAUAAGAAAAGAAUUAUGUAUUUGGUUCCUUUUCCAGUUUUUGUGUUCAAGUGUUUUAAGAGUCGAAUGUAGCAAAGCGAGCAGCAGAUUUUGGUUGAUGAAUGAUGAAUGAUGUCUACAGAAAUCGAGAGUAAAGAAGCAGACACCAUAACCAUUACAAGGUCUCUAUUAUGUACAAUUGUAAUUGGUUUUUGAAGGUUAUCUUCAUCAAGGUGGUGGAAAGAGUAGAAAGAAAAAAAGGAGAGGUCUGCCUGAAGUUUUCCUUUUUAGUAAAUACUUUGGGUGUUGGGUGUGCAUCGCAUUUUCUGACCUCCUUCCUGAUGUUGCUGUCUUUUGUGUCAUGUUGGGCGUUGGAAUGAAUAUGGUCAGUCCAUUUUGAACAGAUUGGUUCCAUUCAUUUCAUUUCUUACAUAUAUGUAUAUUUAUUUCAAUUUUGUACAGAAUAUUUUCAAUUA